CCAAUACCGGCGGAAGUUGAAGGAACCACGUGCCCCCGGUACUGUCUGCGUCUACUGUAAUUACUAAUCCGUAAAUGACGGGCGACCCCACUUUCGCGCGUACAAAGGCAGGCGUUGAAAAAGGGCAAGGCACACUCCCCAGCGCUCUCCCUCACCAGGCCCAGUAGCAUAUCCGCCACUUCCCCAACAGAAAAUGGCCCCCGCAAGACCGCGACCGAGGGAUCUAGAAUCCGGCCGAGCGAGCGAGCGGACUCCGCUGCUUCACGCGUUGGGACCUGCUGCCAUAGAAGUUCCGGUGGUCAACGAUGUGAAUACGGCAGCGGCGGACGCUCAGUUGGUGCAGAGAUCUCCACGUUUGCUGUAUUUGGAUCAUGUUCGGGGGUUGUUGAUGGUUUUGCAGAGUAUUGAUCACUCGCGAUACUUCCUGUCGCGGAUCUCGCUGCCGCAUGAAGAAUGGUGGAACAUGCCUGAUUAUCAAGGGAGCUAUUACCACCUGCUUGUUCGCGGAUUGUCCGCGAUUUGUGCUCCUGGAUUCAUGCUGACGAUGGGCAUGAGCAUCGUUCUCUUCAGCAACAGCAGGAUGCGGCUGAACUGGCCCUGGUCCAAAAUCUUGAACCAUUUCUUCCUUCGCGGGGCCGUCCUGGUGGUGGUGAACUGGGCAAUGCAACCAGCCUUCGCCUCCCUCGUCACAACCGUCCUCUUCGCCCUCGGCAUCAAUAUCUUCCUCGGCGCCCUCAUCCUCGCCCUUGAACACACCUCCACCACGUACCUCACCACCCUCCUCCUCAAACGCUCCCUUCCAUCCGACACCGCCUCCACCCGCGCUACAACGGCUAGCAUCACACUCUACGCCCUUGCCGCAACCCUCAUCACCUGCCUCGCCAGCUGGUACACCCCUGCCAAAUCCCACGCCGAUGAUAGCUUCAACCCUUUCUUCCGAUUGUUUUUCCUACCGUCGAAAGCGGCGGACGGGCUGUAUAGCAUGUACCCACCGGUCCCCUGGCUUGGGAUGGUCCUCUGGGGCAUCGGGCUCCAACGGCUCAUCUCAACCUACAACUUCUCCGCCCGAACAACCGGGCUCGUGCACGCCGUCCUCGGGACGUUGAUGUGGGUAAUCUUCAUCCCCUUGCGGUUGAACGAAGGGUUUGGCAACAUCAACCCUGGGGAGUUGCACCCGUCACCCAGGGAGAGUGUGAUCAGUUUUUUCAACUUGACAAAGUAUCCGCCGAGUGUGGUGUAUACGUGCUGUACGAUGGGGAUUGUGCAUUGGGUGUGUGCGGGGUUUGUGAGCGCCGAAGGGAGGUGGGGGACAGGGUGGUGGGGGGGUGAGGGGAAUGUGUUGGUUGUGUUUGGGAGGUCGGCGUUUUUCUUUUACAUCCUCCACUUCUACGUCUACCGCACUUUCCAAUGGCUCCUUAUCCUCUUCCACUUCAUCACCCCCGGCACAGGCUGGGGCGACCAGGCAGGCAACCUGCCCGACCCAUGGUAUUGGCUCUCGUGGAUGGCAGGUCUGGUCGUGCUGUACUUUGCCUGUGAGCGGUAUGGACGGUUCAAGGCUGGGACGCCUGCGGACUCGCUUUGGAGGUUCUUUUGAGAGACUUUGGUCAUGUAAUUGAACUUCUGUUUUUUGAGGGACGCUUUUCUUUGGCGUACGGAAGACGUUCCACUACGCUAGUUUC